AUGGUGACAGAAGGCGGCUGCAGUUAUGUGUCUUCAGCUCUGAAUUCAAACCCCUCACACCUGAGAGAGCUGGAUCUGAGCUACAAUCACCCAGGAGAAUCAGGAGUAAAGCUGCUGUCUGAAAAACUAGAGGAUCCAAACUGCACACUGGACAAACUCAAUAUGGAUCAUGGAGGGGAAUCCAGGAUUACAGCAGGAAUAAAUAAAUAUUCCCAUCAGCUCACUCUGGAUCUGAACACAGUGAAUAAAAACCUCCGUCUGUCUGAGAACAACAGAGUGAUUACUCACACUGGCAGAGUCCAGUCGUAUCCUGAUCAUCCAGACAGAUUUGAUGUGUGCGAGCAGGUGUUGUGUAGAGAGAGUGUGUGUGGACGCUGUUACUGGGAGCUGGAGAGCAGUGGAGAUUAUGGUGUGUAUAUAUCAGUGUCAUACAAGAGCAUCAGCAGGAAGGGACGGGGUGAUGAGUGUGUGUUUGGAUUUAAUGAUCAGUCCUGGAGUUUGUACUGCUCUCCCCCCAGAUACUCAUUCAGACACAAUAAGAUAGAGACUGAUCUCCCUGUGAAGUCCAUCAGCAGGAGAAUAGGAGUGUUUGUGGAUGAGAGUGCAGGAACUCUGUCCUUCUACAGCGUCUCUGACACAAUGAGCCUCAUCCACACGGUCCAGACCACAUUCACUCAGCCGCUCUAUCCUGGGUUUAGAGUUUAUGGAUCAGUGAAACUGUGUUGAUGAAGAAGAAGAGACUGAUUCUACCCAUGAUGCUUUGAGCUGCAUGAUAAAUCAGUGGCAGUGAGAUGUUAUAGAGUCCCUUCAUCACAUUAAUAUUAACAUAAAUCAGAAAUCCUCAUCUAGACAGUAAAUCAGUGAGUGAUGAUCUGUGUUUCUGGGCUUUUCUCAAACUCACAUCAGUCAUUUUAUUAUUACUA